CAGUACGGGAACCCAGUCAUGCCUCAUCGAGGGAAUCGGGUUAUCCGCUCUGGCGAUGGCAAUGGCUCCAUGAAGCAGGGAAUGGGCGGCCAUUACCCGCCCAAACCAGCGAUGCGACCACGCAACGGCAGAGUGGCUGACCCCGAGCAGAUAGGGUAGAAGGCCAAAGGUUAGGCCCGUACUAAGCGGCGAUAGGUUCAGGAUGGCGAGCUUCGCCGCACGUUGCUGGACAUCAGCCCAGCCAUGGGCCGAUACGAACAAGACAAAAUUGUUGGCGCCCAGAAGCAUCCCAACCCAAAUGGCCUCGAAUGCGGUGGAUAUGUCAAUGGGAGACCGCGACCGGGCUUUAUAUAGUCCACCGACGAAGCUAGUGCGCCGACCGUGUGAGAAGCCAGACGCCCAGCAAGGUAGCAAGCCAUAUCCCGUACCAGUCAACGGAUUGGAUUUAGGUAGCCUGUUCAUACAGGUCUGAGAAGGCUGAAGGCAUUGUCUCUGGGGGAUUGGAAG